CAUUCCGAAAUAAAGAAAAAUUGUAAAUUAUUUUCAAAAGAUUUUUCUGAAAUUGUAAGGUGUUUGCAAAAAUAGCACACCUAGCAGCUAGCACACAACAGUGGCAGAAACAGGCAGAAAUGACAGAUUCGUAUCAUAUGUUUUAUCUUAAUUCAUCCGAUCCAUUCUGUUUUUCAAGUAAAUAUAAGUUGCAUUUAAAGGGAUAAAAAGAAGAAAAAAGUGAAGUUUAGUCACGUUUACAUUGUGAAGAGUGUGCAAUUUCCUCAGGUCAAAACUCAAAAAGUUCUGAAUUUAAAUAUUUAUUGAUCGUGACAGGUGGGCGUAAUUUCUCACGAGACCGUUUUGAAAACUUUCUGUGACGUAAUUUGGAGACAUGAAGGCGCCUUAUUUAUAAUACGCAUUAUUCAUUAGUAUUUGCGGUAUUUGCAAAUUUUCAUUUAAAUAUUUGCAUUACCAUUCGUUUUUAAUAUUUCACCUGUUACUCGUUUAUCUUCCUCAUCUUGCCGACAGAAUUGGAAUAGAAAAUGAGUUCGUUAAUGAGAAGGAAGUUAUUUUUGUUUUUUAAUUCAUCAAUUCGAGCUCAUAAACCCGUUGUUUCAAGAAGAACUCAACACAGCAAAGCUGCAAUUAAUUCCACUAUUGAUACAAAUCAGUUAUCAAGUGAUGUUGUUCCCGUUUUUAAGCAAGCGACACAUUUUGGUGAUAAAACAGCACUUCGUGAUAUGCAUGGCGAUUACACGUAUCGUGGUAUCUUUUUGAGUGCAAAACAAUUUGCUAAUGAAUUAAAUGAAUUGCUUGGCGAAGGAAAACAAGAACGAGUGGCAUUUUUAUUACCAAACGAUGCUUCUUACGUUAUUGUUCAAUGGGCCUGUUGGAUAAGCGGUCAAAUUGCUGUACCAUUGAGCGAUCAACAUCCGACAUCAGUUCUUGACUAUUAUGUUAGCGAUGCUGAUGCUAAAGUCAUUAUCACCACUAUGGAAUAUUUACCAUUAAUUGAAUCAGUUGCUGAAAAAUCGAAAAGACGUUUAAUAGUUUUCGACGAUGUUCUUCGAGUAUUAGCAAUGAAAGUUGACGGAAAAAUAGCGAACAAUAAAUCUGAUCAUGAAUUCGAAAAUUCUCUUGACGCAGGAGUUAAGGGAAAUUUUUAUAAUAAUAGUAAUGCAAUGUUUAUUUACACUUCCGGAACAACGAGUAAACCAAAGGGUGUGGUUCUAAGCCAUAAAAAUCUGCAGGCCCAAGUUAAUUCAUUGGUGUCUGCUUGGAAGUACAACAGCAAAGAUAUUGUUCUACACACAUUGCCUCUAAAUCACGUGCAUGGAGUUAUAAAUUUGCUCCUGUGUCCAUUAUAUGUUGGCGCACGCUGCAUUAUGUUACCAAGAUUUGAGUCAUCAUCCGUUUGGAGUGAAUUGAUUGCUAUCAAUUUACAGAAUUCCGAACGAACAAACGUUUUCAUGGCUGUGCCAACUAUUUAUAUGAAAUUAAUACAUGAUUAUGAACAACUUUUUAGUAAACAACCUAAAAUUAAGGAGUACAUUUAUAAUGUUUGCAGUACAAAAAUGAGAUUAAUGGUUAGCGGAUCGGCUCCUCUACCGAAACCUAUUUUUGAUAGAUGGGAAGAAAUUACUGGACAUCGAUUAUUGGAAAGAUAUGGCAUGACGGAGACUGGUAUGACUUUGUCCAAUCCUUUGGAAGGCGAACGCAUUCCAGGAACCGUCGGAACACCUUUAACAGGUGUAGAAGUUCGAAUAACGAAAGCAGAAGCGCAAAGUGGUUGUGAUACGGCAGUUCUUGUUCAUGGGACAACAGAAAAGAGUAAUGUCGUUAUGAAAACUUCGGAUCCUGUUUCUGGAGAUCUCCAAAUUAAAGGUCCAAGUGUCUUCAAAGAAUACUGGAAAAAACCUGACGUGACUGCAAAGUCAUUCACAUCCGAUGGAUGGUUUAAAACCGGAGAUACUGUUCAAUAUGAAAAUGGAAUAUACAAAAUUCUCGGUCGAACUUCAAUUGACAUUAUAAAAUCAGGAGGCUACAAAGUCAGCGCUUUAGAAGUAGAAACAGCCAUUCUGGGACAUCCCGAUAUUAUCGAUUGUGCAGUUGUUGGAAUUUCAGAUUCAACCUGGGGCCAAAAGGUCGCUGCUGUCGUUGUAUUGAGAGAAAAUACAGAAGUGAUAUUAUCCCAGUUGAGAAUAUUUGGUAAAAAGUCGCUGCCUCAUUAUGCAGUACCCACAGUUUUAAAAGUCGUUGAAAAAAUUCCCAAAAACAAUAUGGGAAAAGUGAAUAAGCCUUAUAUUUUAACGACAAUAUUCGAGGAGAAAUAAUAAGAAAUUUUUAUAUUAUCGAACAAAUGGAAACGAUGCGGAACAAUGGUUUUUGACUUUAUAAUUUUCUUAUAUUUUUAGAAUAUGGUGCGUUGUAUGAGGAAAAUAAUCGUAAGUUAUUCGAAAUUCACUUUUAUUGCGAAAAAUAAUUAUUGAAUUCUAAAAAGAAGAAAACAUAUAAAAGGGAACUAUUAGCAACAUAAUUAUAUUCACGAAAGAACAAAUCAAAAUUUGCAAAUGAAACUUAUUUCUUGUAAUUUAUGAGCAAAAAUAUGUUUUCGUUUGAAUAUUAGAAAUAAGUCAGUAACGAUGACGUCUGACAUUUUAUGUUAAGGGAAUGUCAAAGUCACUUCGAUUUUCUCUAUCGAUUUUGACAGUCUCUUAAAAUUCAUAAGCACAUUUACUACCAAAAACUUAAUUUUACUAAUUUAAUUGGAUUAUUUGGUAUAUUACGGUGAUAACAAUUUUUACUUCACAUAUAUUAACAUAUUAUAACAUUGGCUGUAAAAUUUUAAUUAUAAACAUAAUUUGAGUAUUAGAAAAUAAAAUAAACUUUUCUAAAAAGUUC